AUGGCUCAAAAUGCACCAGCUUCUGUAGAUGUGCAGGAUAUACAAUUUAAAUUACAUGGCAAAUUUCCACUAUUUUCUGAAUGCAAAGAAUUAAAGAGUUUAGUCAGCCUAUUGGCUGUAUCGUCAACAAAGGGUCUGUUGUUUGCCGGCAAUCCAAAUGUGAAGGAAUUAAAAGUUAUUAAAUUAAAAGAUAUAAUCGAUUACAAAAGCAAUGGCAAGGAUCUUCCGGUGCGCACAAUCCCCUUGCCGGGUGAACCCAAGGCCAUGGCAUGUAGUUGUGACGGAUCGAUGUUGGCUGUUAAUUGCAUGCAAAACAAUACUGGAUUUUUGCAAAUUUACCAAGUUGAUUGUUUUCUGACACCGAACGUAAAUGUCAUCUACAAUGUCCCAGUGUCGCCGGAAAGUUAUGUUUUUGCCUUGCAAUUACUGUGGAAUCCCGUUAUUGCAAAUAACAUUGCUUUGGUUUUGAAUGAUGGCUCUGUUACUAUGUUCACCUUGAAUCCGGGUGGCAAUUACGAUAAAGUUACCUUGGGCAAGGAAAAUCAAGUGAAAUCCGGUUGUUGGUCCCCAAAAGGAAAACAAAUAGUUUUUGGUUUUCCCGAUGGCAAAUUACAACAAUUUAAACCAAACUUACAACCGGCACGUGCCAUACCUUGUCCGCCGGGUAUACAUCCGGGACCAUUCGAUUGUAUUGCGGUUCACUGGCUUUCCACAUUUCAAUUUGCUGUUAUAUUCUUGCAAAGAGGCGAGGAGAUGUGCCCCUCACUCUUCAUUGUUAAUGCACCGAAGGCGGGCAAUCCCAGCUAUAUAAAUUAUUAUGAUAUUUGUUAUAGUGCUCCGGGACCACGUACACAGCAGCUGACAUUUAAUCACAUUUCACAAUGGAAUUUGUUAUUGGUUUCGUCGGCAAAUGGUGUGGAGGUUGGUAUCUUGGGAACCAAGGAGUCGGGUGAGAAUCCCACAUGGAUUCAAUAUACGCUAUUGGAUGAGGCACGUAUAGAAAUGCCAUUAACCGAGUCGAAAGAUGAAACAUUUCCCAUGGGUUUUGUAUUUGACACGGCCUCCUCGCAUCAAGUAAAAAUGGGUGAACAAAUGCUGCCGGUAAUGCCCAUGAUACAUGUUCUGUCGACCCAUGGGCAUUUGGUGUCGUUUAAUUUUUUGAAUUUAUCCCCCAAUGCUGUGGGAGUUUGUUCUCCACCACCGCCACUCAACGAUACAUCUGGUGGGUUUAAACCAUUGCAACAAGAGACAAUGGCCAGUGGUCAAGCAAAUGUGGACAAAUCACAGGGUGUACAAAGAGCCAGUGGUGGUGGUGGUUUUGCUGAUAUGACAUUUACUUUGGGUUCAAAUAUGGUGACAUCAACUCCAGCUAUUAAAGAUAAACCGGUACCCAUGUUUGGUGGCCUGGCUAAUGCCUCAUCUAAGCCAAGUGGUGUGGCUUUUGUUUCCACUGCUGCAGCACCUGCAAAGACAAAUACAGCAACAGCGCCAGCAAUGACAUUUGGUUCAGGAAAUACAACAUCUUUUAUGCCGCAACAAUCUCAAACCUCGAACAUGUCGGCGCCCAAAUCAGGUUUUGGUACACAGUCAGCUGUACCAUCCUUUGGUGGUUCCCAAUCUGGUUUUGGACUUAAGCCUGCUGAAAAGCCAUCAUUGCCGCCUCCACCAUCUGCUACAGAUAAAAAUGUCACCAAAAAUAACUCCAAUCAACCAUUGUAUACAGUGCCACCAACCUUUAAGGCACCUCAAGCGGUCCAAGUGACCACCAGUAAAGCACCAUCAUCGGCCACGACAAAAGUCAAUAUGAAUAUGGGUGAAAUAGAUGAUGUUGUCAAGCAAAUGAUUGCCAUUCAAAUAGACGCUUUCGAUCAGGAAAUUAAACAGAUACAAAUGCAAACCAUGAAGCUAAUGGAGAAUAUUGGUACCCCCGAUGAAAUCAAAUCAUAUACCAAACAACUAAAUGAUCUCCAGGAGAUUAUAGAACAGGCCGAUGAUCAUGAAUUUGAGCAGGAUGUACAAAGCUUACGACAUUCCAUGAAUGAAUCAUAUGCCAUGUUGGCUGAAUGUCGUUCCAAAUUGAAUAUGUACAAAAAUCCAAACCUAUCCCGUUUGACAUCAUCAUCUACCGCCGAUCCGGCAAAUAGACGACAAUUGGCUAAAUUACAGGCAUUUAUAGCCACCAAUCAAACUCAAUUGAAUCAAGUUAAUUAUUUAAUUGAUGCUCAAUGGUCUCAGUAUCAGGAUGUGGUCCGGCGUAAUACCAAAAAUCAAAUGCACAUACCCUGUUUGGAUGGCAUCUAUCAACGUAUGUCAAAACUGAAGGAUCUAUUGGCACGACAACGCACCAAAAUGAAUCACAUUAAAAGUAAAUUGAAACAAAAGGGUUUGAAUUAUAAACCAGCAUGCAGCGAUACGAAGGAUAAACUACAUUUCAAAUUAUUGCCAUAUUUCAGCACCAUGGAAUCAUUGGCCGAUUCAAUACUCUCGAUGAGUCUAUCACAAGUUGUCUCUCAAUCACAUUCGAAACUAUCCGAAAGCAAAUUGAAUGCCAUACGUAACUUCACCAAACAACAACAGCAAAUAGCAAUAAUAAAGGCCAAAAGACCAGAUCGGGUGGGUCUAAAAUCCGAGGUCAUUUUGGAAACUAAACUGGAAAGUGAACGCAAACAAAAGGAAAAAGAAAUGAAGGAAAAACAAAUACAACAGCAGCAAAUGGUACAAAAACAACAGGCAGCUCCCACGCAAAAAUCCCAAGCUCCAAAUAACAUGAAGCCACCCAGCCAACAAAUGCCACCACAAAAUGUCCAGCAAAUGCAACAAAAUCAACAGCAGACAUUUUUGGCCAAACCUACGGCCUCUAAACCUGCUUUAUUGCCCAACGCAAGUCAACCCUCACCCUUCAUUACCCCCAAUCCGGCAACAUCCAGUACUUUGUCAUUUGGCGGUCAAAGCUCUUUUGUAAAAACCUCAACAACGGUGUCGAUUAAACCUGAUGAUCCCUCAAAACUGGGCUCCUCCUCGACAUCACCAUUUACCGCUUUCGGCUCAUCAUCAGGUGGAAUUUCAUUUGGUCAAACGGCCAAACCAACCCCGCAAAACAAUGAAGGGAAAGAAAACCCUGUUGCCGCCGCUACGCCCAUUUCAUUUUCUGCCAAGGUCAUUGGUGGUAAUGAUUCUAAAAAUAAGUCAAAUACAUUGGGAGGUGGAUCUGCAAUUGGUGGCGGCGAUAGUAAUUUACCCACACAAGGCUUUGCUGCCUUUUCGGCCAACAAGCCAGCCAAUUUGACGAAUGAGCCAAGCAAUGCAUCUGCUGCAGCAGACUCUAAAAAAUCAGAAGAACCCAAAGAAAGUUUCAGUUUUGGUAAUAUUGCUGCCACAAUUACACCAGCAUCGACUUCUGCCGCAUCUCCUUUUGGUGGUUUUGGGGCAAAAUCCACCACUGCAGCUGCAACAACAGCUACAACUCCAGUUGUAUCUUCAUCUUCGGGGGGUAUGUUCUCCUCCUCAACCUUUGGUUCUGGCUUGUCAUUGUCUACAACAGCCAAACCAUUUGCCUCUUUGUCAACGGAAUCAUCCACACCAUUUGGUGGUGGUGGUGUUGGUUCUGGUACAACAUUCAGUUUUGGAGGUUCUACCCCGGCAACAACCACAGCAAAUAUGUUUUCAUCCUCAACCAAACCGGCGGAAACCACUGCUAAGCCGCAAGACACAAAAGUUUCCUCUUCCCAAGCGCAAAGUUCCGCCACGGCCAGCACCACUUCAAGCUUUACAUUUGGAGGUCUAUCUUUGGGCAAUGCAGCCUCCAACACCAGCAGUGUUACCACAAGUUCAGCUCCGCCCAAUGUUACGAUCACCUCCUCUGGGCUGCAAACAUCAAAUGCUGCUUCUAAACCCCCUACUACGACUACCACAUCCAACGCACCGGCUGAUUCUUUAUUUGGAUCUUUGAAUAUAUGUAAACCGGAUACCGGAAAACAAGGCGAUGCAUCCAAACCCCCGGCCAAUAUAUUUUCAGGAUUUGCCACAGCAACUUCGGCAACAACAUCAUCGCCAUUUUCCUUUGCCACCAGUAGUGCUCCAAGUGAUGGAGGAAAAUCGGCAACAACAGCAACUACGCCAGUUUUUGGUGCAGCAACAACCACCACCACCGCUGGAAAUAUUUUUGGCAAGCCAGAAGCUACCACAGAUGCCACUACAACUGCGACAACAGUCACCACAACAUCUGCCUCUGUAGUUGCAUCUUCCACUGGUACUUCCACAACAUCGGCAGCCCCGGUAUUUUCAUUUACCUCGGCAGCAGAUCAAAAAGGUUCGACUAUACCAAUGUUUGGUUCCCUCUCUGUUACGUCCACUGCGGGCAAUACUGCUGCCGCAACUACCGGACCUACUACCGCCACCAAACCUGGUAAUAUCUUUGGUGGUGCAACAAGUACACCUUCAUCCAUAUUUGCUCAAGCGGCAUCAGCAACAUCGACAGCCGCAUCGACUACUAAUACAUCCCCCGCACCCAUAUUUGGUGGAGCUGCCGCCGCCGCUUCUUCGGGACAUUCAUUGUUUGGGUCCACAGCAUCGGCCACAACAGCUGCUUCGACACCCAGCACAGCUUCAAUAUUUGGCGGUAGUACAAAACCAGCCGAACCUCCUGCAUCCACCGGUGGUAGUAUUUUUGGUGGUAUACCGAAACCGGAUCAAUCUGUAUUUGGUAGUUCUGCAACAACGCCAGCAGCCACAGCGCAGCCGGCGUCAGGUUUAUUUGCUGCUGCAGCGGCUGCAACUAAACCGGCAGCAGCUCCAACGGGUGGUAGUAUUUUUGGUGGAAGCACAGGCAGUGUUGGUUUUGGAGCUCCUGCUGCCACAGGUGGUUCAAUCUUUGGUGGCGCUGCUGCCACCACUACAACAAGCCCAUUCGGUUCUUCGGGUAAUACUGCAGGUUCUAUAUUUGGUGCUGCAGCAGCUGCUACCAAACCAGCAGAAGGCGGAAAUAUAUUUGGCUCACCCACCCAGCAGUCGGCAUCAAGUGGCGGUUCCAUUUUCGGUAAAAGUACUUUUGGACAAACAGCAGCGGCAUCCGCUACAGCAUCAGCUGGUAGCAUAUUUGGUGGUGCUGCCGCACAACCCACAGCAACUGGACCUUUUGGAGCACCAGCGGCGGCGGGUGGUGGUUCAAUAUUUGGUGGAUCAGGAAAUGCCGGUGGUAAUGCCGCAUCUGGUGGCUCAAUAUUUGGCGGCGGUGGUGGUAAUACUGCUGGCGCUCCAGCAUUUGGUGCAACAACAGGUUCAACAGGUUUUGGAUCAUUUUCACAACCCUCAAAUGCACCUGCCUUUGGUUCCCCAAGUGGUGGGGGUGCUGGAUUUGGCGCAGCAACCGCCAGUACUGGGUUUGGAUCACCACAACAAUCGGCAUUUGCCAAACCUGUUUUCGGUGGUCCACCCACCUUUGGUAGCCCACCGGCAUUUGGAGCUCAACCCACAUUCGGCGGUGCACCAACCUUUGGCAGCCCUAAGUCUGGCUUUGGAUCAUUUGCUGCGGCGGCGACGGCUACAUCACCAACCACUGGUGGUUUUGGUGCUGCAGCCAAUCCGGCCACAGCCAAGAGUAAUAUCUUUGAAACAUUGGGUUCAACAGAUACUGGUCUAUCGUUUGGUAAUUUGGCUCAGUCAACACAGCCUCCUAAUCAACAGAAACCAGCAUUUGGAGGUUCAUCUUUUAUGAGUUAUCGUUGA